AUGCCUGGUCUGUAUCUGUGGCUCAGUGAAAAUUUAAAACACUAUCACCAACCAUACUCUUUUUUUCUCUUUCUCUUUCUCUCUGUCUUCCUCUUUUUCUCCCAAUACAUCCAAUUCUCUCUCUCUCUCUCUCUCUCUCUCUCUCUCUCUCUCUCUCUCUUCAUUCAAAUACACACACCCUCAAAAUCACUUCACCCUACCGUCACUUCUUCCUCACCGUCAUUUCUUUCCCUAAGUUCCUUCUGGAUAUUUCCGGAGUUAGCCGAGAUAAACCAAACACCAAAUUGGGACAUAAUGGUUUUUUCGACUCUUCUCUCUCUCUCUCUCUCUCUCUCUCUCUCUCUCUCUUUCUCCUACACUUUAUCUCUCUCACACUCCUAUUCUUUCCCAUUUUCUCUCUCACACUCCUACUCUUUCUCUUUCUCUCUCUCUCACACAUACACUCCUACUCUUUGUCUCUCUCUCACACUCCUACUCUCUCUUACUCUCUUACACACGCACACACACACGCACACACACACACAUUUCUACGCAAAAUCUUUUUCCGAUUCGCUUAAACAUUUCUUUCUUUCUUUCUUUCUUUUUCUUUCUUUCUUUCUUUCUUUCUUCCCACUUGUAAGUGUCCCGCCCACAAAUCAUUUUUGGCCUCCCAUAUUUUUUCAAGGGACCACCCUUUCUUUUCCUUCCUCCUCCUCCUCCUUCUUCUUCUUCUUCAUAUUUUCCCCCUUUCACGCCCAUAAUACUUGCAAAAGAUUUAUACACACCCAAUUUUUUGACCCGUAUGUUUUUCAUUUUGUUUAUUUUUCUGACUACAUUCUCUCUCUCUUUCUCUCUCUCUUUCUCUCUCUCUCUUUCUUUCUCUCUCUUUCUUUCUCUUUCUCUUUCUCUUUCUUUCUUUCUCUCUCUCUCUUCUCUCUCUCUCUCUCUUUCUCUCUCUUCGUCUUAUUUUUCUUUGUCGUCUUGUUAUUAUUUUAUUAUGACCCUCACUCCAACGACAACAAUUUUUAUUUAUCCGUUCCGUCAAUUUUUUAA